AUAAAAUUCAAGUCAUGGCCUUUUCGGGAAUCCUGGAUCCGCCACUGUUCUACUAUCGACGUUUCGUCAUCCUUACUUAAAUCGGAUACCAUGAAAUGAAAGUAAUGUUAUAUUACGUAAAAUGAUACACAAAUGCAUCAGGCACUGACAACAAUAGUCCCGCCGAUGUCAUUCAGUUUUUUAAAAGGCCUCGUCAAUAUUCUGUUGUAGUAAUUGCUAUGGAAAUUACGUCACUUCCUGUUAAUUUCGCAAGACGCGAGAAGUAAAUAAAUCGCUUCGCUGCUGUAGUUUGUGUGGAGCUGUUGAUAUUGAGGCAAAAUGUCCGGGGAGGUGAUGGAUGCCUUCAACAAAUAUGUUGCCCUUGACAACAAGAUCCGCCUUCUGGAGAAUAAAAAUAUCCGUAAAACGUAUGAUAGCAUGAAGAAACGCUACGAUAAAAUAGUGGCCGAAGUGAAAGACCUAGAAACCAAAUAUGCUGAUUCUAAAAAAAACACGGCUAAAGAGAAGGCGGACGUGGACCAGCUGGACAUUAAAUCGUUCCUGUCCAAGGAGGCAUUUGAUGAGAAAAUGGACAAGGAGAAGGCUGAGUACCUCGAGGCCUUGAAUAAAGAGGAGGUGUUCAAAAGGCAGCUAGAGGCCAUCAAACCUCAGGUUAAGGAGGUGGAAGACAACUUGAAAAAAGAAAAAAUAGCGAUGGACGAAUUAGAGAAGUUAUGUCAGGAGCAGGAGUCUCUACUGUCUGAAAUCUUUGAUGGAGCAUAUGGAAGUGACCUUGAAAAUAAAUUGGAAAGUGACCUUGACCUUAUAAGAGAAAAGAGACAGCGCAUAGGAAAUGCUAAGUACAAGUGGACCAACGGGAGAAUACUGCUGCAGCAUGCAUGCAACCAGAUGGCACAGGCAAACAAACGCUGGGCUGAGCUGGAAAAUCGUAACCUGCAAAUGCCGCAGAAAUAUGCAAUAGCUACAGAGGUUCGUAAUAACCAGAUAGCAGCGAUACAGAAUCUCCGCAGCUGUCAGACUUACUUAGACAAUAUAGACUUUCCGUACUGUAAACCCACCGAGGUCCAGACGCUGGAGAAGGCAACCAACAACAUAUACAUCGACAUGCAGUCAGCGGACCGUCACAAACACGCGGGGGAGUGUUACCGGACCACGCAUCGCCGAGCAUCAGCGCUACUGCAAUGGUUUGAUAAUGUCAUUAACACCGUGAUAGAGAAAGAUGUGCUACAGGCCACGAAGGAAGAGUCCGAGGCCAGCAGGGCGCUGAGGUCCGAGAGGAUCCGACUGUUAAAGGAGAAAGUGGAAGGUGAAGGAGGACAGCUAGACGUCGGCGACUCGGAUUUGCCGGCUGAUGAUGACGAAGAUCCAGAGAUUCAAGCUGUCAUCUUCAAGGCUGAAGGUGAAGAGGAGAACUCGUUAAAGCCUGGAAAUAAUGAUGUCGGACCGGCUCCUACCCCCAUACCGCUUAAUGAACUGGCACCAAUUCCCUCACAGGAAGACUUAUUUGGUGACAUUGAGCAGCUGAAAAAACAACAUGAGAAAGAAGUCAGCGAUUUCCAGAAAGCCCAGGAAAUGAAUAAGGCCCGCCUUCAACAGGGGCUGGAGGCCAAACUCGCCGCCCGACGUAACAGGCGGACCAAACCGACCGCGGAAUAGACGUUAAAGAUAAAUAGUGUCCUGUCUGCUCAGUUCAUUUGACUUCAUUUUGUUUUAUAUUUUAUCAUGUUUUUUUCUGUGACUUCAAAGGAAGAAUGCAUAACGUAUAGUAAAACUAGAUUAUCGAGAACCUCCAGGGUCAGCCUAAAACAGUUCAUUAUAACCAGACUUCAUUAUACAGUAAAACACAGUUAUAGUGAACCUCCAGGGCCAGAGAAAAACAGUUCAUUAUAACCAUACUUCAUUAUACAGUAAAACACAGUUAUAGCGAACCUCCAGGGCCAGCGUGAAACAGUCUGUUAUAACCAAACUUCAUUAUACAGUAAAACACAGUUAUAGCGAACCUCCAGGGCCAGCAAAAUACAAACCAAACUUUAUAAUAUCUAAUAGGUUAUUCCUUAUUUUCGCUUUAUAGGGGAAUGAAUAUGACUUUGCAGUAAGCAGUAGUUGGUUAUAAGCGUGUUCAUUAUAAGCAUGUUUUACUGUAUGCAGUAAGGAGAGGCACGUACAAUGCCCCUUGAUCCCCCCUCUACAUAUCAAUGCGUACAUACAAUGCCCCUUGACCCCCCCUCUACAUAUCAAUGCGUACAUACAGUGCCCCUUGAUCCCCCCUCUACAUAUCAAUGCGUACAUACAAUGCCCCUUGACCCCCCCCUCUACAUAUCAAUGCGUACAUACAGUGCCCCUUGAUUCCUCCCUCUUCGUAUCAAUGCGUACAUACAAUGCCCCUUGAUUCCCCCUCUACAUAUCAAUGCGUACAUACAAUGCCCCUUGACCCCCCCUCUACAUAUCAAUGCGUACAUACAGUGCCCCUUGAUCCCCCCUCUACAUAUCAAUGCCCCUUGAUUCCCCCUCUACAUAUCAAUGCGUACAUACAGUGCCCCUUGAUUCCUCCCUCUCCAUAUCAAUGCAUACAUACAAUGCCCCUUGAUUCCCCCUCUACAUAUCAAUGCGUACAUACAUUGCCCCUUGACCCCCCUCUACAUAUCAAUGCGUACAUACAGUGCCCCUUGAUCCCCCCUCUACAUAUCAAUGCGUACAUACAAUGCCCCUUGAUUCCCCCUCUACAUAUCAAUGCGUACAUACAGUGCCCCUUGAUUCCUCCCUCUCCGUAUCAAUGCGUACAUACAAUGCCUCUUGAUUCCCCCUCUAUGUAUCAGUGCGUACAUACAAUGCCCCUUGAUUCCCCCUCUACAUAUCAAUGCAUACAUACAGUGCCCCUUGAUCCCCCCUCUACAUAUCAAUGCGUACAUACAGUGCCCCUUGAUCCCCCCUCUACAUAUCAAUGCGUACAUACAAUGCCCCUUGAUUCCUCCCUCUCCGUAUCAAUGCGUACAUACAGUGCCCCUUGAUUCCUCCCUCUCCGUAUCAAUGCGUACAUACAAUGCCCCUUGACCCCCCCUCUACAUAUCAAUGCGUACAUACAAUGCCCCUUGACCCCCCUCUACAUAUCAAUGCGUACAUACAGUGCCCCUUGAUUCCCCCUCUAUGUAUCAAUGUGUGUGAUAGCCAUGGUGCAUUCAUCUCCUUGUAGGUCUGUCUCUGUGUAUACUUGUUAGAGCUGCCACAGAUCUUUUUCUUUUGGCUCAAACUUGGGAACAAAAAAGGUUGUAUAUAUCACAUAUACUGUUACACAGACUGCAAUCGAGCGGUUUAUCUCUACAUUGAUACACGAGAAUGACACCAUUACUAGUGAUGUUAAUCAUUACAUUCGGGUUCUCUCUGAUUCUUUGUUAGAUAGACAUAUUAACAUUCGGAUUCUCUCUGAUUCUUUGUUGAUAGACAUAUUAACAUAAGUGUUGUUGUGUAUGUUAUAUUCACUAUACGUAAUGUUUUUAUAAGAGUGAGUGAUAUUUUCAUGAUAUUAAUCCAGCUGUCCAUUUUCUGGAAUGUAAACAAACAUAUAAACAAAGUUUGCUCAAGGUGUUGUACUAAAAUGAUCACAGCUCUGAUCAUCCGCACUGUCUAAUCGAUAUUUGUGUAUGUUGUAUUUUUCAUUUCUCUGUCCCCCAACCUUUAUCCCCCCAAAUAUUCAAAUUUAGGUGAGGUAAAUGCAUAAUACAUACAAAUUUUCCUUAGUGAGCUAUUCUUUCUUGAUUAAUACAAGGUGCAUAUUUUUACUUGAAUCUUGUCGCUAUUUGUAUAUGCGUAACAAUUUUUCCGGGUAUCUAUAUAACAACCCCUCCCUGUGUAUACUUGAAUCUUGUCGCUAUUUGUAUAUACGUAACAAUUUUUCCGGGUAUUUAUAUAACAACACCUUCCUGUGUAUACUUGAAUCUUGUCGCUAUUUGUAUAUACGUAACAAUUUUUCCGGGUAUUUAUAUAACAACACCUUCCUGUGUAUACUUGAAUCUUGUCGCUAUUUGUAUAUACGUAACAAUUUUUCCGGGUAUUUAUAUAACAACACCUUCCUGUGUAUACUUGAAUCUUGUCGCUAUUUGUAUAUACGUAACAAUUUUUCCGGGUAUUUAUAUAACAACACCUUCCUGUGUAUACUUGAAUCUUGUCGCUAUUUGUAUAUACGUAACAAUUUUUCCGGGUAUUUAUAUAACAACACCUUCCUGUGUAUACUUGAAUCUUGUCGCUAUUUGUAUAUACGUAACAAUUUUUCCGGGUAUUUAUAUAACAACACCUUCCUGUGUAUACAUAACAAUUCCGUCCAUGUGGUGAUUUUAGGUUUCCUUUUAUUUAUUUAUUUUAUUUUUGAUAAUUUUUACUUGUUUUCAUUAUCGGAGCACGACAAUGUCUGUGUACUUUUAUUUAUUUUAUUUUUGAUAAUUUUUACUUGUUUUCAUUAUCGGAGCACGACAAUGUCUGUGUACUUCCUGAUAUGCCAUGGCAUGUGGGGUGUAUUUUUAUUAUCAUUUUCUUUUCAUUAUUUUAUAUUGUAGAAAAGUAUUAUUUAGAAUGAAAAAAAAAAAAAUGUAAACAAGAUCUGUUGGAUGUG